CAAGGGUCCGGACAAUUGCUGGGUGCCGUCAUCACAGCCGCUGCUGUCGGUGCUCGUGCUAGCUACUCGCUGCGCGAGGGGCGGGAUUUUCGAAGGAGUGUAGAAGGGAACCUUCAGGUUCAGCAUGACACGAAUGGAAGACAAGGAAGAUCUGGUGGGAGAACAUCCCGAGACCGACCCGACAGGGACGGGGAUGCGUCAAUCCAGGCUAACCAGCAUCGGCCGGGCCGCUGGCCGUGUGCGCAAGUACUCAGCAAGCGUCAGGAGAAGCGUGAGGAAAACAGUGGACUCCAUCAUCUCUGGGGGCGAGUUGGACGAGACUGUGGACCCAUGGGCUCUGUCUGAGUUGCAGGAUACCACUCAGCCUUGGUCUGAACUGACCACAAGAGGCAAGUUGUACCGAGUCCUCGUUGAGUGGAUCGGCAAGCCUGUCACUGUUCUAGUGCUGCUGUACCUCUUCAUCUGCUCGCUGGAUCUGAUGAGUUCCGCCUUCAGGCUACUCGGGGGAAAGGAAGCUGGUGAGGUAUUCAGCGAAAGCACGCUGCUGAACAACCCCAUCUGCGGUUUGAUGAUCGGUAUCCUAGCAACUGUACUUGUUCAGAGUUCAAGCACUUCCACGUCUAUCGUGGUCUCCAUCGUGUCUGCUGGAAUUCUACAAGUGGAGCCGGCCAUUUUCAUCAUCAUGGGCGCCAACAUCGGCACCUCGGUCACCAACACCAUCGUCUCGCUGGCCCAGUCAGGCAACCGCAACGAGUUCCGGCGGGCCUUCGGCGGUGCCACCAUCCACGACAUGUUCAACUGGCUGUCCGUCAUCUGCCUCCUGCCGCUGGAGUGUGCCACAAAGUACCUCUACCAUAUGACCAACGCCAUCGUGGGCAGGUUCAACGUCACCACCAGCGAGGGCUCCAAGGUGGAGCUCCUGAAGGUGCUCACCAAGCCAUUCUCGAAGAAGAUAAUCGACAUCGACAGUAAAGUUGUAGCCAAGAUCGCGCUCGGAAAGGUGGAUCCAAGCGAGGCCAAACUACUGAAGGAAUGGUGUAAAAAGGAGAAAAUAGCGGUGCUGGCGAAUACCACCAUGCCGCCGCCGACGGCGGCUGCCACCGUGGCAGGUGCUGGUUUCACGGGGAACCCGGAUAUGGUCACAGAGUACAUCGAAGUAGGAGUGGAGAGAUGUUCAUAUUUGUUUGCCAACACUGGCUUGUCCGAGAGGGGCGUUGGUGCAAUCCUGCUCAUCCUGACUCUCAUUCUUCUUUGCACCUGCCUCAUCCUCAUGGUGAAACUCCUCAAUUCCAUCCUCAAGGGCCGCAUGGCUGGCAUCAUCAAGCGCGUCAUCAACGCCGAUUUCCCCUACCCCUUCGGCUGGGCUGCGGGCUACUUAGCCAUCCUGGUGGGAGCCGGAGUAACCUUCCUGGUGCAGAGCAGCUCCGUCUUCACCUCAGCCAUGACCCCGUUGGUCGGCCUGGGCGUUAUCACCUUGGACCGCGUCUACCCGAUGACGCUGGGCUCCAACAUCGGCACCACGGCUACCAGCCUUCUGGCUGCUAUGGCCAGCUCUGGAGACAAGCUCAAGAACAGCCUCCAGAUCGCCCUCUGCCACCUUUUCUUCAACAUCAGCGGCAUCCUCCUUUGGUACCCUCUCCCCUUCAUGCGCAAGGUGCCCAUCUUCCUGGCCAAGACUCUGGGCAACACCACAGCCAAGUACCGCUGGUUCGCCAUCUUCUACCUGGUCGUCAUGUUCUUCCUCGUGCCGCUGGUGGUCUUCGGGCUGUCGCUGAUCACAGUCUGGCUCCUGUUGGCCGUGGGCCUCCCGGUCCUUCUCCUCGGCAUCUUUGUCAUUGUCGUCAACGUGCUGCAGCGCAAGAAGCCGGAUGUGCUCCCGAAGAAGCUGCGCAAUUGGGACGCCCUGCCCCUGUGGAUGCACUCCCUGGCACCCAUGGACCGGCUGAUCACCAGGGUGCUGCGGAGCCUGACCCGAUGCUGUCCGUGCAAGAGAAACAAGGAAGAAGCAGACAAGGACACUCUACCUCUGCACCACAGCACAGAGGCCUCCAACAAUUUGGCUGUACACUACGAUGCUGUCAAUGAACGCACCAGCACGUUACCACUGAACACCUCGCCCAGCAACCACACCGAGACGAGAACCAGUUCUGUCUAGUUUGAAAAACAAUUUGAAAACAAUUCAGAAAAAAGAAAGAAAAGUCUGUAUUGUGGCCGUGAUGCAAUUUUUAGCUAAAAUUGUUUUGCACUUCAACGUUAAAAAAGAUGGACUCACAUCAUGCAUAUUUUGAUGAACUACCUUUCACAAGAAGCAUCAUCAUUAAUUGUAUGCAUGCAUUGUGACACACGAUUUGUAUCACCCUUUGAGCUUCAUUAUAAAUAUUGGGCAUCCUGUUUAUAAUCUCUGCAUUUUUAUCGCAAGUGUUGCGAGUUACGCUCGGCUCAGAAGCAAUAUCUGUGGCCGGUUUAUGUUUAAUACUCGGUUUAAACCAUUUAAAAUGUCGCAACAAGACAAUAGUUAGCAUCUUCUAAUUUUCAAAUAUUUUUAAGUUAAUUGCCAUGAACUGAGGGUAAUCUUUAAACGAUAUUCUCUGCUAUGAUUACCUGUAGCGUAUAGACGACGCUCGUUGUGGGAUCUAUUGUUCAUAAUUUUGUUCAUCGCGAAUGUUGCCACUUAUCCGGGACUAUUGUUUUGGCAGGAACCACAACAAGCAGUUAAUGUCAUGCCAGCUGAAGACAAUACGAAAGAGACAAAAAGCCAUGUUCGUCACAGUGUUAAGCUGAAUGCGCAUCGAGCUGUACUGAAAAAUACCAGGUCUUUCAUUAGCGUCACCAGGACUUUCCGGGCAAUGGCGUAGGAAUUUACUGGGUGGGGAGCACAAGGGGGAACCAGCAUCUUAUGGGGGUACAUGCAUCAGCUUUCAGGGGUGUGGUUUUGGGGGCAAGCUUUUGUUGGUCUUGUUCAAUAUCCAUUCAUUUUUUUGUGGGUGGUACCUGGGGGGCACCGGGGAAUAGUUGAGGGGGGCACGUUCCCCCCUCCCCCGUGGCUAAGCCCCUGUUUCCGGGGAAGGAAAUAGUCACCAGCUCCCAUCAUUCCUUCAAGUGACAACGCAUUGACGGUGGAAGGGAGUUAACUCCGAGGUAUUUUAAAGAAAACUGGUGAUUUUCAUCCCCUUGUCUCGUUUUCCCGUUCUUUCAUUUUUUCCCCUCUUCUUCCACUUGUUGUUCGUUUUUAUUUUUCCAAGAGGAGAAGCGACAAAAAUAGAAGCGACAAAAAUGAAAAUCCUGUCACUGUUUAAUCUCAAACUAUAUUCUGAAAGCUUAAUAUUGCAUGUCGUCUUAUUUUUUUAAGUAUCUGCUGGCCUGUUGAGCCUAUUUACUGCAGCAACGGACUUUCCUAAUUAAUUUGUAUGAGAGAUGUAACCACCGAGAGAGCUGAGAGGAAAAAUUCUUAUUCCUCUAUGCUUGAAGUGACAAGAAUUUCUAGGUAAGGAUUCCAUGCACGAACCUGCGUGGUGACGAGUCAGUCACAGUUAUUCCUAUUGAUCAAGUGACGAGCAAAUGUCUGCGAACCGCGACGCGGACAUUUCUUUGUUCAUCCCUGCGCCCCUUGUUACUGAUGUAGUGGCUCACUAGUGCUUCGUCACCGCAACUGUAGCCUUGUCGAAAGUGGACACUACGGGGUUUUUUGUUCAAGUGUUACAUGUCAUUCACAUAUACGUGCGCGGCGCGCGUGUGCUGCGCCAGUCGCGGCUUACGAGUCGGCAUUCAAGUUUUGGUACGUGUUCGUAAUGCACCUUUGUCAUGUGAGCUAACAUGUUUAGGGUCACAGCAAAAGGCAUGCACACAGCGUGACAUGUCCGUGAGUGGCUGUUGCUUGUGGAGUUUGAUCGGCGAGUCAACUACCCGUGUACAGUCCACUAAUUCAAGCCCCAUUGAAAACAGUGUAAAAUCAGCACUGUUCUGGGCCCAAUAGCA